AGAGAGAGAGAGAGAGAGAGAGAGAGAGAGGUUCCCCAUAAGGGAAGCAGCCAAUUUCACAUUAAACAAUAAUGAUCCAAACCGAUGUAGUUUGAAACAAAUUCUGCAGCCUUCGGCAUUAUUUUCUUCGUCUCUUCACGCCGAUUUCGUUCAAACACAACCUGCCUUCUCUCUCAGUCAAGUAAAAGGAAACGAGUACGCGAGAAAGCCAGCUAUAAAGUAGUCCUCUGCUUUCAUUCGUUUCUCUCCGUAUAUCCUGAGGUUGAAAUUCUCGCCGACUCGCCAACAUUGACCAAGAAUCUUUAUAAUCUCAACACAAUGUCGCACCAGAAGCAAGCCGAAGAAGCCAUAAUGCCGAGCAUGAAUCCGACGCCGACUGAGCGUGACGGGAGAGAGGAAAGAGAGAAGGGCGAUGCCGAUACUACUGUUUUUACUUUCAAAUCCUUUCUCUGGCAUGGCGGGUCUGUCUAUGAUGCCUGGUUCAGCUGCGCUUCGAAUCAGGUUGCUCAAGUUCUGUUGACGCUGCCGUAUUCUUUCUCUCAGCUGGGAAUGCUUUCGGGCAUCAUAUUUCAAAUAUUCUAUGGUUUCCUUGGAAGCUGGACUGCUUAUUUAAUCAGCAUUCUGUACAUCGAGUACCGAAGCCGGAAAGAGAAAGAAAACGUCAACUUCAAGAACCACGUCAUUCAGUGGUUCGAAGUGUUGGAUGGCUUACUGGGUCCAUAUUGGAAAGCUAUCGGACUGGCUUUCAACUGUACUUUCCUCCUCUUUGGCUCUGUUAUCCAGCUUAUUGCCUGUGCAAGUAAUAUAUACUACAUAAAUGACAACCUGGACAAGAGGACAUGGACUUAUAUUUUUGGAGCAUGUUGUGCCACCACCGUUUUCAUACCAUCCUUCCACAAUUACAGGAUUUGGUCCUUCCUUGGCCUUGGUAUGACGACUUACACCGCUUGGUACUUGACCAUCGCAUCUGCCGUACACGGUCAGGUUGAAAACGUGACUCACUCGGGCCCAACCAAUCUGGUUCCGUAUUUCACUGGCGCCACCAAUAUACUGUACACUUUCGGUGGGCACGCCGUCACAGUGGAAAUCAUGCAUGCAAUGUGGAAGCCUCAGAAGUUCAAAUACAUCUAUUUAUUUGCCACCAUUUAUGUGUUCACCCUCACCAUACCAUCCGCUGCUACCGUCUACUGGGCCUUUGGAGACCAACUCACCAAGCAGUCCAAUGCCUUGGCGCUCCUCCCUCGCUCCGGCUGGCGUGAUCUCGCUGUGAUUUUAAUGCUCAUUCACCAGUUCAUUACAUUUGGGUUUGCUUGUACGCCAUUGUAUUUUGUGUGGGAGAAAGUAAUAGGAAUGCAUGACACGAAGAGCAUAUGUUUGAGGGCUCUUGCGAGGCUGCCUGUUGUUGUACCCAUAUGGUUCUUGGCUAUCAUUUUCCCUUUCUUCGGCCCCAUAAACUCCGCUGUGGGGGCUCUUCUGGUCAGCUUCACCGUCUACAUCAUCCCUGCCAUGGCCCAUAUGCUCACUUUCAGGUCUGCCUCCGCACGUCAGAAUGCAGCAGAAAAGCUUCCAGCAUUCAUACCAAACUGGACGGUGAUGUACGUGGUGAAUGCGUUGUUGGUGGUGUGGGUUUUGGUGAUAGGGUUUGGAUUUGGAGGGUGGGCUAGCCUCACUAAUUUCAUUGACCAGGUAUCAACCUUUGGUCUAUUUGCCAAGUGCUAUCAGUGCCCCCCUACCAAGCCGCCUCCUCAUUUCAAUCACACAGCACCUCAUCAUCCCUGAACUGAAAGCUCUCUCUCUUUCUGCUGUGGUGCCUUCGUUGUAUUGUCUCUCUUUUUGUUUAAUCUCCAUAUAGAUGUCUUCAUUCUGGCCAAUGGAUGCUUGACGUUCCCUUAUAUAUAACAAGCCUACAUCAUCAUCAUCAUCAUGUACUUGGUGAUAAACAUUAUUGCUAGCAACGUGAUUGAUGUUAUUGCCAUGGAGCGAUAUCGAGUCUAAGUUUCUAAUAAUGUCUUGCUUUCUCAAAAGACCGUAGGAUCAUUAUGAUGCCUAAACGGAUUUCACUUUAUAGCUAACGCAAGGCAAUAAUUUUGAACUUUUGUUGUUUGGAAUGCAAGUUUUGUGGAGUACUUUUUAAGUGGA